AUUUGGAGUAUGUCUCGGUUAGAACUAGAGGGCAUCGAGCGCGUGAUUCCUGAUUCCUGAGUUGCUCACGAACUACUCCGUGGGUUUUCCUCGUGGUCACCUGGGGUGCCCUGUCAAAUUUGUGCUGAGCCCAGCGUGCUACUUGCCCCGGGUGUUAAUUCCAGGUCAUUCGGAUGCAAUGACGCGCCUAGUUUCGAGUUUGUGGAUGCGGUCAGGCUGAUGAUUAGUUGAUUGACAUCUGGGAGCAAAUGCGAGGUGCUUUGAUGAAGUAGCUACUAGCAGCAGCAGCAGCAGCAUCGAGGGGAUAUACCUGUUGGUUGUGGCCACACUGAUUUCCUGCUAUUUGGUCACGCAGAGUUAAUCCUACAUCUGGUAGUUGGCACGGAGGCACUAGUUAGUGGGUUUUUUGUAUUUCCUGUGGAUUGGUGUCUGUUUUAAGGAAUGUGGGCAGUAUCUUCUGUAAGAGUGCUUUCUAGCUCUUCUGUAAGAGUGUUUUAAGGAAUCUGCUGCCGCCGCUGCGUCCGUCUCGGUUUUGCCCCUCCGGUGAAGAUGCUGUCAAGGAUCUCCCGCCUCGGCGUCCACGCCCUGAGCCGGGCGAGGCUAGGUCAAAAGUCAGUAACUUCAAGGAAUCAGGAAGAACCCAUCAGAGCCUGUAUGAACUAUGUGGGUAAUCGUUCUCUAUGUUCCGCCACGGAAGCUAAAGUCAAUGACAGGAGUGAACAGCCGAAAGCUAAGAUAUCUGUGACAUUUGUUGAUAAGGAUGGCGAUGAAACGGUUAUCAAUGUUCCGAUUGGGAUGUCAAUGCUGGAAGCUGCUCAUGAGAAUGACAUAGAACUUGAAGGAGCAUGUGAGGGCUCUCUUGCAUGUUCUACCUGUCAUGUGAUUGUAACGGACGUAGACUACUAUAACAAAUUGGAAGAUCCUGAAGAUGAGGAAAACGAUAUGCUGGACCUUGCUUUUGGCCUUACAGAAACAUCUCGCCUUGGUUGCCAAGUAAUUGCAAGCCCUGAACUUGAUGGCAUAAGAUUAGCACUGCCAGCAGCUACCAGAAAUUUUGCUGUUGAUGGGCAUGUCCCAAAACCACACUGACUAAGCACUGGAUGCUGAAACGUUGUUUUUGCCCCCAACUGCGUCUGAGAAGGAACGAAAGUGACCGAUGAUUCUCACUGGUUAAGAGGCAUCGGUUGAAGCUGCUAGAUUAAUUGCUACGUAAUCGGCGGUUGGUAAACCUUCAAUUCGUCGCAGCAUAGUUUACAUCGUUACGGGGGCCGUUCGCUGCUGGGCAGAUGAACCGAUCAGCUCCGCCGCCCAAGUCGCAUUCGGAUCGUGAUCGUACCACUUGUGAAGCUGAUUAAAGCGCCGACGCCACGUGACUACAGUAGGUCGUAUGUAUCAAUGUAUGUCGUGAGACGCCGUGCUCCCAUGACCGUAACGUGUCUGCCUCCUGUGGCGCAUGUCGGGAUGGAAAGGCUCGCUCAGGCGAUGAUGCUGCCGCACUGUAUCGCGUACCGUCGAACCCCCAUGUGUCGCCGGCCUGUGGCUGCUGCCCUGAUGCCAUCACAGGUUUCCGCUGUUGCUAGGCAGUGCUACGGAGUACCAUCUUUUUGGCUGUGUGUGACACCCGUCUUGGUUCAUCUGAUUAC